CCUGCCACACACUUUAAAACCCCGUCUCUCCCACCACUCUCGUGUCUCGUCCAAAUUCCCGGUAAGUACCAAGUACCAACUUGAUCAGUUGAUUCACGACACCCGAACCAAAUAACAAUGGCAAUCAGCAACUCCGACAAGCCCACCCUGAUGAUCACCAACGACGACGGAAUCGACGGCCCUGGACUUCUUGCCCUCGUCCACGUCCUCGUCUCCACCAAUCGCUACAGUGUUCUCGUCUGCGCUCCCGACUCGGAAAACUCUGCUGUGAGUCACUGCAUCACUUGGCGUCGUCCGAUUGCCGCCAAACAAGUUGACAUCGCCGGAGCAACGGCUUUUGCUGUUUCUGGGUCUCCAGCUGAUUGUGCUUCUUUGGGUGUUUCUAAAGCGCUUUUUCCUUCAGUUCCUGACUUGGUGAUCAGCGGCAUAAACAAGGGCAGCAACUGUGGUUAUCACAUUGUUUACUCUGGUACUGUGGCUGGCGCUCGAGAAGCUUUCUUUAAUGGUGUACCUGCUCUCUCUGUAUCAUAUGAUUGGGUUGAAGGCAAGAGUCACAUUAAUGACUUCACACUUGCUGCCGAGGCUUGCUUACCUAUCAUAAAUGCAAUACUCGUGGAAAUAAAAAAUCAAACCUUUCCUCAAAGAUGUUUUUUGAAUGUAGAUCUGCCAACAAACGUUGCUACUCAUAAGGGGUAUAAGCUGACUAAGCAGGGUAACAGUAUAAUCAAAAUGAGGUGGAUGCAAGUUACUUCGAAGAUGCCAAAAAUGUUGUCAUCAAUGGAAAUGGAGAAAGAUUCAGCAACAUCUACUGGAAUUGAUACAGCAACUACGCCAAAAGAAGAUCCUUUGUUCUCAAGAGAGGUAACUGGUUUCCAACAUGAUACUGAUGAUGAUACCGACCACAAAUGUGUUAAAGAAGGAUAUAUUACUAUCACUCCUCUAGGUGCCUUCUCUAAUGCUGAUGUAGAUUGCAGCACCUACUUAAAAGAGUGGCUUCCAAAUGUGGCUGAGCUCUCCUCUUCAUCUGCCCUAUAAAGGAUUUGUAAAAGGAUUCUUCAAAAUCAGGUGCGGCUACCCUAAUUUUCUGGAUUACUGGUUACUGUUCCCCUGCAUUCAUUCAGAGUCACAGGGUUUCAGUUGUCUAAUAUAUUCAACACUUCAUUGAAGGGUCUUCUGUACCUCUUGUUAUAGUGAUACACAGGAACCCCUAUUCUGUAUCAGUGGUAUUAUUAAUCUAUAAAUGAUUCUGGUAGCAAUUCAUGUCAUUCAUCUCAUAAUGUUAUAAAUGACUACAGCUGAAAUAUUGUAAUCUCAAUCAAGUCCCUCAGAAGAAAUCAGAACCAGAUUAAUUUGGGUUGGUGGUGAAAGCUUGGAACCCAUCCUUUAUGUCAUA